AUGAAGACAGCAGCGCUGACGUCGGGACGAGCCAAGACGAUCGCCGCCAAAGCCCCUAAGAGGAACGACGACCGCGUCAUUCUACACUUCGAUUACGACUGCUUCUACGCCAGCGUUCUCGAGAAUGCAAACCCGAGCCUCAAGGGUCAGCCGCUAGGCGUCAAGCAGAAGAGCAUACUAGCCACAUGCAAUUACGCCGCACGUGCCCAUGGCGUUAAGAAGCUGAUGUCUAUCUCUGAGGCCCACAAGAUCUGCCCGGGCCUCGUUGUCCUUAGCGGUGAGGACCUGACGCCAUUCCGUGACGCCUCUAAGAGACUUUGGUCCUUCCUGAGGAGUCACUCUUGGAGCGAUCGUGCCGAGCGUCUGGGGCUUGAUGAGGUCUUCCUCGAUGUCACUGAUGUUAUUGCGUAUAAUCAGGAGCUGCUGAACCGUAAUGCCUUGCAAGACUCGUUCUUUCAGCUUUCUCGACACGACCCUGAAAAGGGUUUCAAUUUUGAUGCUACGCAAUUCUUUGGGUGCGUGCAGCCGUCGGUAGAUCCAAAAGAUUUGCUGUUGCUUCUGGAUAAUCCAUUAUGUGUUCGCCUAUUACUCGCAUCUCACCUAGCCGGUUACUUGCGUCUCAAACUAGAAGAAGACUUCGGGUAUACCUCCAGUGGGGGUAUCUCAACCAAUAAGACCCUUGCUAAGCUCGCCGGCAGCGUAAACAAGCCGCAGAACCAAACCACACUCCUCAGUCUCCGCGACGAUGACGUCCAGGACUUCAUGGACGGCCAUAAGCUGCGACAAAUCCCAGGUGUCGGCUCUCGCAUUGCGCAGUUGAUACAAGACCAUGUCCUAUCCAUCAAGACAACCCCAGACUCGCACGAUUUAGAAAUAGGAGCCAAGGUAACAGUCCGCGAAGUUCGACAGUUCGCAUCCAUGUCCGCCGACCUCCUAGAAAGAAUCCUCGAUCGUCCCGGCGCAGAGCGUGGCAGCGGCGAGAAAGUAUGGAAUUUUCUCCACGGCGUGGACAGCUCCGAGGUCAAGGAAGCGAGUGACGUUCCCACACAAAUCAGCAUUGAGGACACAUACAUGGCGCGGCCACUAAAUACGCCCUCUGAGCUAAUGCGGGAACUACGUGCCUUAGCCACGUCUCUCAUCCGACGAAUGCGCAUCGAUCUCGUCGUAGCAGAUGAUCCUGAUCCCUCAAAUCCUGCAUCGCAACAAAACACCCAGCAGCAUCUACGCUGGGCCGCAUACCCCAAGACCCUACGCCUAUCCACACGCGCGCGCCCAAAACCCAACGGUACUUCGACCCCCACGCCCGAGAUCUUCAGCCGCAACUCCCGUAGCCAGCCACUCCCGAGUUUCGUACUGAACCUCAAAGACGUGAGUAUUGAGGCCGUAGCCGAGCGGCUAGCCUCUGAAGCCUUGCUCCCUUUAUUCCGGCGUCUGCACCCGGAGCGACAAGGGUGGAAUCUAGCUCUAAUCAACGUAUGCGUGGCGAACAUGGUGAUGGUAGCGGGACCCGGCGAGACGGGGAAUGGCGCGGGAGCAGGAGCAGCGCGAGAUAUCGGGCGCAUGUUCCGCAUGCAAGAGGAUAAGUUGCGCGAAUGGACUGUUUACGAUACUACCCCUGCAGCGCCUGUCCUUGAUACCACGUCUUCCUCUACGAAUAUCCUGGAUACCGUCGAGAGCAUCCCUCGAAGUGAAGAGGAAGGGAAAGGCGAAGAUACCUUUGACACUAUGGAUGGAUUAAUAGAAGAAUCCGAACCGAUAGCAGUCUUAUUAGACUCAGACGUAGAUACUUGGGAGGACGAAGACGAGGAUGAGUCCCAGAGAUGCCAUCUCUGCGGACAUAUUAUCCCAAUAUUCGCAAUAUCGGCGCACGAGAGAUUCCAUAGUAUCGGGGACUAA